AUGGCUGUCGACAAGCAGCGUCUGAUCGCCCGAGACUUCGCACUGAUAGCCAUGGAAGUGGAGCUGCUCUUGCUGAUAGUCAUCUUCAUGAGUAUUUGCUUCAUACUGCGCCAUCCGCUAAAUGCGAGACUGCCGAAGGAACCACUAGCGGGCGUGCUCGACAAUGCUGGGAUUGUAAACAAAGACAAUGACGCUUCGGAAGUCUCCCAAUUUAUCCUCUCCGCCCCUAGCCUCAAUAGAGAGUAUUCGUGCAUGGGUGAUACCUCACACGCCAUAGGCCAGCAAAGGCCAUUCCUUUCACAGGGUUUGCUCCGUGCUUUUGCUGGGGCAGACUCGGCCCUACAGAUAAUUAUGCUUGAAUUCAUGUACCGACAAUCACUGAAAAAUAAGGGUCUCGCUAACGUUGACAGCAAUGAGAGCCACAAAUCGUAUUUAUGGGCACAUGUCCCGGUUAUCAAAGCCCUCUCCAUGGAUACCGUCUGGUGUCGUUUAGAUAUAAAAACUAGGAUCAAGUUAAAUGGUUUUCCAGGGAAACUAGACCGCGUUAGACGCCGGUUUAGUGGAUGGAAUCUGGACAGCAUGCCAUGCCGUCGAGGUGUCGCUACCAAGGCCGCUAGUUUGGCUGCUAUUUCUGGAGUCUGCAUUCAGGCACGAGGAGUACAUGAUGGCAUUUGCGCGUGCCUCGCCAUCGAGCAAGGCUUCAAAAUCAUGGUACAUCUCCCACCAUUUCCCUAUUUUGUCGCGCACAGUAAUCAAGAACUGUACCAAGGCGGCUCGAUGACCACAGCCGCACGCCUGGGACGAGCAGAUCUUGCAUUUGCGUCGCUGAACGACUUUGCGCAAAACGCCCAGAUGACCACGAACAUCAAUCCUCGGAUUCCGCUCAUCGCCGACGCGGACGUGGGCUUCGGAUCGCCACCAAACAUCGCCCACGUGGUCUAG